UGGCUCAGUCAGUAGGACCUGUGACUCUUGAUCUCAGGCUCGUAAGUUUGAACCCCACGUUGACAGAGAAGUCAGAAAUUGAGAGCGGCGUGCUCCGGGUUCCGGGUAGCCCAGAGGAUGGUUCUUCCGAGGCUCCUGGCCGUCCUGCAGCACUGCCCGCAGCUGGUGGAGCGUCUGUCCGAGUCUAAGCGCCUCACGGGGUUUGCACUGAUGCAGGCCCAGCUGCGUGGCCAGGACGCAGCCCGGCGUCUUGGAGCCCUUGUGGCUGGGCCCGCGUGCUCCCUGGGUUGCCACACUGCCCACUUUAGAGACACCUUCACUGAGGAGCUGCGCUGCGGCCUCGGGGAAUGCCCAGGGUCACUGCCAGGUAACCAGAGGGGCCCCAGCGCUAACCCCUAAACCCAGGCUGUGCAGGCCAGGGUCGCCGGCUUUCCCUUCUGGGCUCAACCCGGGUCUCGGCGCUCAGCAGUCAUCCUGGGCACAGUGCACGGCUUUGAAUCCGGAGUCAGACUGUUGGCCUCAGAGCCCUCACUAAUCAGGAAGCCCAGGCCAAACUGACAUCGCCGGGGAAGCCCUGUGAUCAGACUGGGCAGGGUGUGAAGAAACGACCCCCUCAAGCAGGGCUCUGAUGCACCACAUAGAGCCGUGAACCGAACCACAGCCCGAAGGAGCGUGCCCUCUGCGAGUGGGACUAAAACUCGUGUUCAGUGACGCUGCUUCUGCACUGAUAGAGCAGCGCUCUACUUCUAGGGGAGAGCACGGAGGGAAAGACACAGCUGCCAAAAUUCUUUGAUUAAAUGUGUGAGCUGAGGAGGGGCGGGAAGAGAGAGAGAGAAGUCAGAAAUUGAUAUUGAAAGACAUCAGAGAAAACCCAA